AUGAAAAUAAUAGUUGAUUUUGGUGGUGGAUUGGAUGUUUGUUUUGAAAAUAAAAAAGAGCUUACUUUAGAAUUUGAAGAAUAAUAAAUUAAAAUGACAGAUGUAAUAACAAGAUUGAAAACACUUUGUAAUCCAAAGAAAUUGGACUUCUUCUAUACCUAAUAGCUUAGACCAGGAAUUCUAGUUUUAAUAAAUGAUGCUGAUUGGGAAUUAGAAGAUAAAGAAGAAGCACAAUUAUAACAUAAUGAUAGAGUUAGCUUUAUUUCAACAUUACAUGGUGGUUGA